AUGAGUUUUAUUAUAUAUUCAAUUGUUAUUCUCUUACUUUCAUUCUAUCUCUAUACAAUUUAUACAAACAAACAACAACAUUAUAACAUGGCAAAGCUUAAAGUAGGCGACGACGCUCCAGAAUUCACCAGUCAAGAUGGCAACGGUAACUCUGUUACAUUGGCUCAAUUCAAAGGAAAGAUUCUAGUACUCUAUUUCUAUCCAAAGGAUGAAACUCCAGGUUGUACCAAGGAAGCUUGUAGUUUCCGUGAUAGUUAUGAAGAUUUUACUAAAGCUGGUGCUUCUGUUGUAGGAGUAUCAUCAGAUUCAAAGGAAUCACAUCAAAAGUUUUCAGCCAAACAUAGAUUACCAUUCACUCUAUUGUCAGAUGAUGGUUCUUUGGCUAAAAAGUACAAGGUUGGCAAGAACCUUUUAGUUGUUCCAGCCCGUACUACCUUUAUCAUUGACCAAAACAGCAAGAUUGUUUCUAUUCACAACUCUUUAUUCGAUGCUGAAUCACAUAUCAAGGAAUCCUUAAAGGUUAUCGAAGGAUUGAAAUCAACUACUCCCACAACUACUGCUUCUGACGCUUCUGCAGCAAACUAA